UUCGGUAGUUUUAUCAUUGUGUCGGUGAUGAGUUUUUCAAGACGCGUUAGUGAUGGCAUCGAAGAAGAGAGAACGCAACUCAUCGACACGACGUCGACGUUCCGUACGAACUAUUGUGAAAAGUUCUUGAUGGUGAUGUUGGUUUUGGUCAUCAUGAUAGGGGUGUCUGCUUCGAUUUACCUUUUAAUCGUGGAAGGAAAGGAUCCCGUUCCAAAUAGCUUCACUCUAGUGCCUCAAACAGAAUGGCUGAUCCGAACGAGGUGUAAGGAUACCCAUCAGCUUCAGCUACCUGUUCAACGAAUCCUACUGCUUCCAACAAACACUACUGAAUGUCGGAGCGAAUCGGAAUGUUUGAAGGGACUUAGGAACCUUCAAAACGACCAAGUUAAAAGACUGAACGGUACAAACAUCCCAUAUAACUUUGUCUUGGCGGGGGAUAAUCGAAUAUAUGAAGGAAGAGGAUGGGACUGUUCUAGCAGUGACAGCAAUGGUGUCGAUAUUUUCACUAUAGCAUUGUUAGGAAAAUAUGACGACCAAUCGCCAACAGAUAAACAAGUGAAGGUCUUAGAAGCGUUUCUUGAACAUGCCGUCAUGGAGAAACUUGUCUCUAAUUGUUAUAAAAUAUUAUCACGAGGUUCGACAACAACAUACAUUACUCAAGUAGCAUUCGAUUUGGAAUCAAGAAGAAAGAAGAACAUGUGUUAGGUAGUUUUAAUUAUUCAAGAAUUGUACUAAAGAUCAUUUGUACUUAAUGAUACUUGUAAUAUGACUUUACCUCAGAAUAUGUGAUAGUGAAUGUUGUGAUUGUCUAAUUUGAUUGAUUGCAUUAUAUUAAUGUAGAACAACAAUUAAAGGGCAAAAUGGAUUACAGAAAG